UGGAGGUAAGAUGAAAAAAAUUGCCAUCUAAACUUUUCUUAUGAAUAUUCAGAUACAUUCAUGUAAAUCUCAUCCCCAAUUUACUAUUUAGGAUUUUCUUCCAAUAUUUUGCACGUCCUCUGUGCGUUUAGCGUCUCUGGCCUCUGUUAACGGUAAUGGCAGCCUUCGUGAUAAUACUAUCGCAUUUAGCCAUAUUUAUUUCGAUUUAUCGUGCAGCCAUAAUAAAAAAGAUUAUUAUAUAACGUUAUAUAUAUAAAAAAUAAUCUAUUGAGCGCACAUAUGGAUGCACUGCCCCCCUAGCAUUUGCCAACUCCGCCUAUAGUGAUUUGGAGUACUGCCCCAAAUUUGCUAUGGUUAAAAGGCGUCCUUGGCUUUAUCUAUGUGCCAGAUUUGAUAACUUUCCCAAAAGUUCUAUGGGCUACCAUAGAAUCAAGAGCGGAUGAAGAAGAAGAAGAAAACUAAUGGAUACAAGAGGUGCCAUCGCACACGUGUCAAUUUGUCUCCUCCAAGAAAGAAGAAAGAAGAAAGAAGAAGAAGAAGAAGAAGAAGAAGAAGAAGAAGGGGGGAAACAGAGGAUGUGCAUGCAUAUGACGUUCUUGAUUGCCGUAUUAUUUGAGUAUUGCACGUCUGUUCUGUUAUCACCAGGUUUUUCACCAGAAAUUCUCUGAAAAGGAAUACACGGAGAAUGACUGAGAACGGCUGUGAAUACCGUGACAGGGUGCUGACGAUGGACACGAUGAACCCGAACGUUAAACGCGUGGAAUACGCUGUACGGGGUCCCAUAGUCCAGAGGGCAGUUCAGAUCGAAAGAGAACUCAAGAUGGGAAUAAAGAAGCCGUUCACAGAGGUCAUUAAAGCCAACAUCGGUGACUGCCAUGCUAUGGGCCAGAAACCCAUCACCUUCUUCAGACAGGUCUUGGCAUUGUGCUCUUAUCCAGAUCUUCUUGAAGACAGCAAAUUUCCAGAAGAUGCCAAAAGUAGAGCUCGCCGCAUUCUCCAAGCGUGUGGUGGAGGAAGUCUCGGUACAGGAAAAUCUUUUUAGUUAUAUUGAAUUAGAUACUUCAAGAAAACAUGAAAUCAAAAUGAGCAUCUAUCUACUUAACUGUUGCCGA